CACUGCCAGACCUUCAGUGCGUGCUAAACCACAGAAGAUGAACCCUCCGUCCUACGACGCCGCAACAGGCGAAAAGGGCCAACACUCGGCGGCGCCCUAUCCUCCGGCAACAACCGCGGGGAUGUACCCUCCCACCGGCGCCGGAUUCAGUGCUGGACCACCUUCGCAGCCACCGCCGCCCAUCGGCUUUCAGUAUCCGUCAAACCCCCAGGCCCCGUUUAUGCCUCAGCCCGAGUAUCUUCCACAAGGAGUGGUUAUUACGCAGCAGCCUUUGAUAACCGUACCGAGCGGAACAACAACUGUCGUCCAUGUUACCAGAGUUCCCCAUCUGCCCCUGCCACCUGCUUCUUCCCGCUACGAGUGUCCUUCGUGCAAAGGUGACAUCCGCACCAGGGUCGAGUACAAAACAGGAACCAAAACGCACUUAAUAGCCGCUCUUUUGUGCCUUUUCGGCUGCUGGUGCUGUGUACCCAUUCCUUAUUGCUGCUCCAACGACUGCAAGGACGCGCACCACUACUGCCCCCACUGUGACGCGUACAUCGGCAUCUCGGCUAGAAAUUAAUUUUCGUUACGCUAAAAAUUAAUGACUGAAUGAUAAUUGUUGCCUAUGAUAAAGCAAUUUAAUUAUAAAUUUGUAUCGACGUGGUUUGCUGAGCAUGAAAAAAUACAACAAAAUGUUUUCCUUGUUUA